GUUUUUCAUGGAGUGAGUGACGCCUCUGGCUGGCUAACGGUGGCUGGAACUGGACGUAACUUCCACAGGACGGAGUGGAGAAAAGCCAGCAAAACAGUUUUUUGAUUUCGUUCUUGCUGUUCUUCGACUCAAGCCUUCUUGCCUCGCUCGGGGUUGUCUCAGGGAGUAUGAAAGUUUCGCCUUAGCCCCAGCCCCGAAACAGCGGUUCUAGCGGCUUCCUAUUUCCUCUGACUAGGAGGAACGGCCGCUAUUGCUCACUUUUCGGUGAGAAGUGGUGAGGUGGCUGGCGGCGCCUGAAAUUGAGAAGCACAGGCUCUAUCUGCGGCGUUAUUUGUCCGGCCGUGAGGCUCCUAGCCUUCUAUCUGCUGAAGUAUCUCACCGCGUUCCUGCUGUCGAUCUUCGUGGAGAGAUUUUGCAAAAGCGAGACCCGAUAAGACAUUGUAAUCUUCACUUACUCCUCCAAUUAAACUUUGUUUAAAUGUAGAGUAUUUUCUCCCCCCGGAACUUGCAUUGCAAGCCCUGGAUACUUUGCACGGAAUUUGUAUGCUUGGCUCAUGAUGACUUUGUUCCUGAAAGACUGGUGUUAGUUUAUAGUUAAUUGGUUUAUAGCUAGUUAACUUUGGUGAAGGAAGCAAAACAAGACAUUCCUUCACCUCCUUAUUGAUGGGCAGAAAACUCCUUAAUCUCUUUUAUUACAAUUUCUUGAGAAAUUGUGAUUCCUUUACACAGACUUAUCAAGAGCAGGAAAGUUUGGGUCCAAUAUACAAUGGAGCAUGGCAAAAUGGAUUAUUUCUGUGAACAAGUACAACAAAAAGAUGUGGGCCGCAGGUUGCAAGUUGGCCAGGAAUUUCUGGAAUAUUUGAAUGAUCCCAGCAUUUCUACUGAUCUUGAGCAGGAUCAACAGUGUCUUGAUAAAGUAAUCGAUGAAUUAACAAGAUGGGUUAACUCUAGUAAUUAUAAGGUAUCAUUACUUGGAUUAGAUCUUCUAGGUGCCUUUGGUGAAAGACUAUUAGGACGUUUCAGAACCUAUGUAGGAACUGUUCUCGUAGCACUGAUGGAUCGACUGGGAGAUGCCAAAGACCAGGUUCGAGAACAGGCGCAGAAUCUCAUUUUGAAGUUAAUGGACCAAGUAGCUCCACCAAUGUUCAUUUGGGAGCGGCUUGCUGCUGGCUUUAAACACAAGAACUAUCGUUCACGAGAAGGCGUGUGUCUGUGUCUUGUUGCAACAUUAAAUGUUUAUGGUGCACACUCACUAAUUCUCAGCAAACUGGUACCACACUUAUGUCUUUUGUCUGGAGACUCCAGUAGUCAGGUGAGAGAUGCUGCAAUUGUGGCACUUAUGGAGAUUUACAAACAUGUAGGAGAAAAAGUAAGAGUGGAUCUUAACAAGAGAGGAAUUCCUGCUGCAAGAUAAAAGCAUUGAUGAUGAAGAAUCAGGGGAUGGAAAUAGGCCAUCUGCAACUGCCUCAGGUUUCAAGGUUCCUGCACCUAAAAAACCUGGAAAUCCUUCAAAUACAACAAAAAAGCCAGGAUCUGCUGGUGGGCCCAAGGUUGUAGGCACUACCAAGGAAGGAGGAGCUGGUGCUGUUGAUGAAGAUGAUUUCAUAAAGGCAUUUACAGAUGUUCCUACUGUACAGAUUUAUUCUAGUCGUGAACUUGAAGAAACACUAAAUAAAAUCAGGGAAAUCUUGUCAGAUGAUAAACAUGAUUGGGAUCAGCGCACUAAUGCGCUUAAGAAGGUCAGGUCAUUACUUGUUGCUGGAGCUGCGCAAUAUGAUGGCUUUUUCCAGCAUUUACGACUGUUGGAUGGAGCAUUUAAAUUAUCUGCUAAAGAUCUCAGAUCACAGGUGGUUAGAGAAGCAUGCAUCACAGUAGC